UUUGCUUUUGUAUAUAAACAUUUUAGCCAAACUUUUCAUACCAUUAUACAUUUCAUACAUUGUGUUAUUUUCAUUCUUUAGCCUUAUUUACGUGAAACUUAUAGCCUAGCGCUAUGCUAUAAUUGUUAAUUUUAUAUUUCCUCCAUUCUUUGUGAGUUGUGAGAUAUUGUUUCACUGUAUCUAUAUAAGUCACUAGGUUGUUGAGGCCGAAAUAAGUGCUCUCUUAGUCAAUUAGAAUGAAGGUGAAGGCGCCGAGUUUGAUGAAGAAGAUAAUAGCCGCAUUUUCGAACAAAACAAAUGAUUUAAGAGUACGUUUAAUGAUAUUCUUUCUCCUACACAAGAAUUUUGAUAAAACCUCACUAACCAAUUCCCUUCAAGCCCUUGUUUCUCACCACCCACACCAUAAGAAGAAAAACGACGAUGCCAUCGACGAGGAGGAAGAGUUAGAGCUCGUCGAAAAUCGACAUGUCAACAUAGAACACGAAGAUGAAGAAGAAGAAAUGAAUGGUCAUAGUUUGUUGUUGAACUACAACAAAGCUACAAGCAUGAUGGUGAGUGACACCACUCACGACAUGAGGGUUGUACAAGAUGUACCGCGAAUAUAUACACCAAAUCAAAGUGGUGAGCAACAACAUAACGUGGAUUUGACGCACGCGCUGUUCAAGGAGUCGGAGGCGGAGAUGGAGAAGGAGGAAGAGACCGAGGAGGCGGUCGAGGGUGUCGAGCAGAGAAUGGUUGAGGAAGAGGAGGAUAUGGGGGAUGAGGAUAUAGACCAAGCAGCUGAUAUGUUCAUACAAAGGUUUAAGAAACAAAUGCUUCUACAAAAACAACGUUCAUUGGAGAGACAACAAUAUAAUACUGGUUGCUAUCUUUUGUCUAAUGCUUGAAAAAUUCAUGGUUAUUAAGAUGGAUAAUCAUAAUUUUAGAUUCAUUUAUGGUGUCAUUUUGCUGUGUUUUAAUAUCAUAAAUGGCACAGUAGCUAGUAAUUAUAUGUAAUAAUUUUGUUUUGGGUUGUUAAUUUUUUUUAAAAUUUCUUUGGUUAAUUUUUAAGAAUGAGAUGGAUGAUCUCUUGUAAUGAGAUGACUUGAAAAUUACACGUCACUCAUUUUUUAUAAAUAACAAGCGCCGUAACAAUUUUUGUAUUAGUUAAGCUUCUAUGCUCAUUCCAUGUUUUAAUUUUUGUACUAUUUUUCCCCAGUAAUAUACC